AUGGUAUAUUCAAUCAAAGUUGAACAAUUGAUCCACGUGGCAGUAGAUGCCGAAAAUGGACUAAUUAAUCAACACCUUUUGAUCAAACUUUUAGAGUUUAUUGUGCGUCGGUCAAAUAUCCAUACAUUGAAUGUUGUUUUUAACGAAAAUGAAAAAAAUGGAGCGGAGUGUUGCAAAUAUAUCGAAGCGUGUAAAGCGAAUAAGGCUCUGCCCUCGGAUGAAAUAUCUGAAGAAAUAACAUCCGAUGAAAUAAAAUCAAAAGAAAUAUCAGAACAGACAUUGGAUCCUGUUGGAUGUAAUGUCUUUGAAUACCCUAAUUUAAACAAACAUCAGCAGCAGUGGACCACUCCUAAAAACCAACCCGUCAAAACAGCCCUGCAUGAAGAAGUGGCAACUUCCAUGACGGAUUUUCUUGACGAUUCAUCAUUGGAUUGUAAUUCAUUCAUAGCUGAAGGAUCACCGGAGAGCAUUUACAAACUGCCUUCGGAAGAAACAAUUUCGGAAUCUGCAUCAUUAAAAGAGAAAGCGGAUGAAAUUUCGGUUCCUUCAAAGUUGAGUCUGGACAAGUUUUUAGAAGAAAAACAUGAAUAUCAUCUUCAUACUAACGAUAUACAUGUGAUAGCAGAUAUUAUUGAACAACUGUAUGGAAAAAUCAAAAAAAUUAAUAAAGUCAUUAAUGUACUGCAAAAAAGCAUUAAGAAAUUUAAUACUGAGGAUUCGGAUGGUUCUUCAGAUAGUGAAAUCAAUGUGAUCAAACAAAUCGCUUUUUCAGACAUGGGUUCAUUGAUGGAAAUCGAAAAACGUGGUUAUGAUCGGUCAAAACUAGACGAAAAUCUACAGAGUUUGGAUCUCAGUUCCAAAGGAGAGGUGUUUAAAACGAUAUUUGGAAGAAUUCAAAAAAGAAAAGAUUUAAAUUUAGCAAUGUCAGUUGGGAAUUUCCGUGAAUUCGACCUUGAUUAUAGGACAAAUUUUCAGACUAUUCACAGUUAUAUARMGUUAUACAAAGAAUCGUUCAAAAAGGUUAAAUCAGAUAUUAAACAAAUACAGAUGAGUCUUUUAGAUAAAAAUGAAUUUUUGGUAUUUAAAAAUACGAUAUCAUCGUCGCACAUUAAAAUGAAAAAUGAUAUCAAAGAAUACAUAUUGAAGGAUCCUGAAGCAAUGGGUAUCGUUAGAUUUAUCAAUGACGGAUCAUGUAUGUCAUGCGGGAAAUCGGCCACGAUUAAGACCACAAAUACUGCUCCAAUUUGUGUAGAGAAAGAUGCGCCCAAAAGAAGUUCCAGUCAUAAAUCGUUACAAGACAAGAACGGAAAAAUGAGUACACCACMAAAAAUGAAAUUUCCCAUGAAGUUCAUAAAAGACGUACCAACUCGUAUAAAGUGUAAUGUUAUUAAAUUGCCAGCAGAGCAGCUAAUAUGCAGUCCUAAAACAGUCAAUCGGAGUACUAAUUUAAAGCGAUUUGACAACAAAAACGAAGGGGACGAUCCAUGUAUGUCAUCGAAAUCUCCCACAAAGUCAACAAAAGAUGUCGUACCCACUGAUCUAAACUUAAGUGUUAUCAAUUUGCCAGCGGAACAGCCAAAAUUCGACUUUAAGGUCAAUUGGGAUGCCAAAUUAAAGAUAUUCGAAAAACAUCACGAAGGAGAACCAAUCAAACAGAAUGCAAUUAAGACAUAUCKAUUAAUGUAUAAGUAA